GAGGAGCCGGGAGGCGGCAGCGGCAGCAGCCGAGGAAGGCGAGCGCGUCGGAUCCGGGCGCGCAAUGGGGUUGCUGAGCUUUGCGCGCGAGCCGGUACCGGAGACGCUGAGCGCCGACCUGCAGCAGCUCAACCAGCUGAGCGCCCAGCAAUUCUCCACUCUCGUGGAAGUGGUUUUCCGAUUUCUGCAGGAACCGAAAGAGGUCGAAAGGUUCCUAGCUCAGCUCUCUGAAUUUGCCACCAGCAAUAAACUCAGCCCGGGCCCUUUGAAGAACAUCGUUAAAAGCCUCCUGUUGGUGCCAAAUGGUGCCCUAAAGAGGAGUCUUUCGGCAGAGCAGGUUAGAGCAGAUCUUAUCACCCUAGGGCUGAGCGAGGAGAAGGCCAGCUAUUUCGAAGAGCAGUGGAAGGAGAAAUCGCCAACCCUCUCGCGCCUUGCUGUGGGCCAGACCCUGAUGGUUAACCAGCUCGUAGACAUGGAGUGGAAAUUUGGAGUUACAGCAGGAAGCAGCGAACUGGAGAAAGCUGGAAGCAUCUUCAUGCAGCUGAAAUUGGUGGUUAAGAAAGGAAACAAAGUGGAGCCUCUGUACAUGGAGCUGACGCUGCCUCAGUUUUACAGCUUCCUUCACGAGAUGGAGAGGAUGAAAACCAGCCUGGAAUGCCUCAGCUGAGUUUCCGGAGGGGCAUCGGCCGCGGCCUGCUUUAAACCAGACAGGGGAAGCUGAACGUCAACCACCCAUGGCCCCUGGAUCAGAUCCCCCAACCGCCAUUUUCCCCAUUGAGAAGUUUGGGGUCAAAGAAGCACCCCACUUUUAAAGUCUGGCUCCCUUGGGGGCCCUAAGAGCCAUUAAGGGACAGCAGAGGGUGGGAAGUGUUUUGUAAAACCUGCAAAAGUCUGGUGUUUUUUUCUCUCUCUCUGGCUGCAUAAAAGGCUUGUUUGGGGAGAGCAGUGUGCUGCAGAUAACGGUGCUUGGAAGGGGAUUGAGGAAGCAGAAAUAAAAUGGGCAUGGGGAUGACUUUUCGCUCUCUUUUGAGAGGAAGAGGUGGCAGCUGUAAAAUCUCCUUUAAAAUCUA